CACAACACAAACUCCGAUCUUGUUUCUCUCUCUCUCUCUCCCUUGUUUCAGUGGCUCAGAAAUUUUCCUCUUUUCUUAUUAUUGCUUUCCUUUAUUUAAGGAAGGAGUUGGGCUCUCUCUCUUUCUCUGAGUCUGAAUCCCCACGAGACGAGAAACCUAGCAAAAAUCUCGUCUUUCGCCGCGCUCUCCCUCCUCUGAUUCCUGCUGUUCUUGAUCUUGGAUCUCAAUUCCCAACCAAGAACACACAGACAGAGAAAGGAAGGAGAAGAAGAUGUCGAACGACAACAAGAAGGUGUAUACCCUGGAGGAGGUCGCCAAGCACAACUCCAAGGACGACUGCUGGCUCAUCAUCGGCGGAAAGGUAUACAAUGUGUCGAAAUUCCUUGAGGACCAUCCAGGAGGUGAUGAUGUCUUGCUAUCUUCAACUGGCAAGGACGCGACUGACGAUUUUGAGGAUGUCGGGCACAGCACGACUGCUCGUGCGAUGAUGGAUGAGUAUUACGUUGGCGACAUCGACACAUCCACAAUACCCGCGAGGACGAAGUACGUUCCCCCAAAGCAACCACACUACAACCAGGACAAGACCCCGGAGUUCAUCAUCAAGAUCCUCCAGUUCUUGGUUCCCCUCGCCAUAUUGGGCCUGGCUGUUGCAAUUAGGAUCUACACCAAGUCGGAGUCCGCUUAGUGCUGUUCUCUUAGUGUUAUAAGAGUGGAAGGUACCGAAUAAGUUAGCAAGAGUUUUGUGUGAUUCAUACCAGUGUAACAUGUCAUGAAUUCGUCGAAUGUUCUGAAGAUGCUGUGGGUUUUGUGGUCCUGGGAUGUCCACUUCGGUAAAGAUCGAUAAGAUUCAAAGUACUCGUUAAUCGUUAUACAUUCUGAUGAUGGAUCUGCUCAUUGUUAUUAAUUGUUAGAAACCUAUACAUACACAAGGUGGUGAUUUUA